GGAUCCGUGUGUUAAUUUACUUUUGCGAUCUGGUUAACGGGAAGAAAUCUGCGCGCGUGGAUGCCGACGAAACGUCGCAGUCUGAUUCGCCGAACGGCGGCGUGCGCGCAUGCUCCAUUUUGAGAAUUUGAAAUUUUGCAAGUGAUUCGAACGAACGCGCUUGAAACUACGUUCACGCGUUUUCGUGCAUCCGGGACUGUUCCUCGAGUAUGUGUGCCACGGCGGGAUUCAUGUGCUUCCUCGUUUCCGCGCGCGUCUACAAUUGACUUUUGUGCAUUGUCUUGUGCGUUUCGCCGUGGGACAACAUGGCACGCAGGGGCCAUCGCCAAUUAUGCACGCUGUUCUUCCUGCUCCUCUUCGCGGGCAUCUUGAAAGGUGGAAAUGGCGAUGUCGAGGAUUCGGAUACUGACGUGCAGGACUACAGUACGGACGAGGACUACAACGAUGUUUUUGACUCAACCACGAACGGGACUGACGUGGACGCUGCAUCCGGCACGAAAAGUGGCACUUUAAAAUUCGUAAGGACUCUGACAAAUAUCUCGAAGGAUGCCGGCGGCGUUGCUCAUAUGCGAUGCGAAGUCGUGGGCGAUCCACCUCCAACAAAGAUACGAUGGUACAAGAAUGAAGCACCAUUAGAAGAAAACCGACCGAAAAUCACUAUUAAGAAAAUACACGCUCAAAUGCAUGAACAUGUGGCGCAAAACUUGGCAGGAAGUCGAUUAAAAAUCACAAAUUUGGACGUUUCUGAUAUUGGUUUUUAUACUUGUCGCGUCACCAAUGGUAAGGAUCAAAUUCAGAGCGAAGGAACACUACGAGUCGAUUCCUCAAAGAAAUGGCCAGGGUGAGAAGGAGCCGUAAAAGUAAUUUUGCAACUUGUA